AUGGGGGGUCAUGGCAUCCGCCACGACAAGUCGGGCGAUGGGCUAGGUUGGGUGGGCGAGAUAAAGGUAAACGGCGAGAAUCGAUACAUAGGCAAGUCGAGAGACAAGAUGAAGCUGGCCUAUGAGCACUCGAUUGUGUACGUCGUCUACGAUGGCUACGUGAGCAAGGUGCUCAUGGACGAGCUCACCGUCUUGAAUCCAGGGGAGUUGGAGAAAUGGAAGGAGGUGUGGGAGGAGGUCAAGUUCUUGCCGACUGGGAUCAGGAUCGACGAUAUACUCGGCAGGUGCCGUGGGUACACGAGUUCGGGUGAUGCGCUUCACGACGUGCUCUUUCCGGCGAUCUGGUUCCCCAUCGUUCAAGACACGAAGGAAGGCCAGGCGGAGACGGACGCUGUCAUGUCGGCAAUGAUAAAUCGCGUGUCAAUGUGCGCGGCGUUUGGGAAGGUCGCAGCGAGCGCGGCAAGGAAGGCGGGAGAGUCGGAUGAGAAGACGGAGAUGACGGCCCAGGCAUUAGCGGCCUCCGCUUGCGCCGUCUGGUGCUUCGUGGAGACGGGGGCGUCGGUGCUUGGUGCUGUGGGCGGAGGGAAGGCGGCGGCGAUGGUGGCAGGUGUGGGUGAGAAGACGGUUGAGGCCUUCAGGAAGGUGAUGCACGCGGUGAUCGACCUAGCGUCCAAUAGGCAGCCACCCGCAGGGGAGGUUGCACAGAACAUCGCACUGGCACUGCAAGGUCAUGCAGUAGACAGGGCCUUCAAGGAAGGAGUUGUGGGAGUCGAGGCCGACAUGAUCGCUAGAGCGACGGUCGAGACCUUGGCGUUCUGGGGAAUGUGCCCCGUCGCCGGGCCCAACCUCAAAAAGCACGGCAUCGAUGUGUCGUGUGACUCGCAGAUGGACUACGAUAUAGAGCACAGGGGGAGGAAGGGGGAGAAGGUCAAGCAGGGCAAGGGCAACAAGAGGAAGAAGAGACAGACGGGCAAGCAGGGCAUGGACAGUACGGAGGCAUAG